GUAAAGAGUGGGCUGUGUUUCCUCUAACUAAAACAGUACACUACACAUUCUCAUAAGGGAAGUCUGUUGUCACAUCGUUCACAUGUACCAGUAAGAAAUAUUAUCUAAAGAUAUUUUGGCACAGGUUUUAAUUAAGGAUGUUAAAGGUUGACUGAGGCAUUUUUUGUAAAACAUGAUUUUUAAAGAGCGUUUACCAGGAGUUGCUUGCUUUACUUUCAUUUUUAUAUCUGGGCUUAUUUUCACGUGGUCAUUUACCUUGGCGGAUGAUACUGGUAACUGUACAGUGAAUUUAGAUGAAGAUUGGGAAUGUACUAAUGAAACUGAGAGCUUGCCCUGCGUAGAUGUUUUUAUUAUGAACUCUUUUGGUGUUAUGGAGCUUUGCCAUCAACUCUUAUUCCAUAACCCAGAGGAAAACAACCAAAACCUUUUGUCUACUCUUCGUGAUUUCAAUGCUGAUAAAAUGAUCUGUAUUCUGGACAUGAAGAAAUCUCUCAGCUGUUAUUGGAAUAUAUCCGGUCUCCCUAAAAAUGCAGCAUACUCAGCAAAUGUAACCAUAGAUCAUUUAAACCAGAAUUUAAAGUGUUCUCACGUUGUGGAAAAAGAAGCUCUUGAAUGCCAUGGCCCUAUUGAUGUCGAACUAAAUGAUCUCAAAACAAUCGUCGUUAACGUCAGUAUUUCUCUCCCAACUCUCCGGUACAUUACUGCAACAGUAUUUAAAUCACUAAGCAUAGUAAAACUUCAUCCCCCACACAACAUAUUUUCUACAAUUUCAAACAAUCUAAAGAACUUAGAAAUAAACUGGACUCUUGGAGACUGGACAGUGUCUCAAAAUCAUAAAUGUUAUGAAUAUGAGUUAAAGAUCAAUGAUGAGGUAGUUCCUUUGGCAGAUGGGGUGUCAUCAUUUAUUAAGCAAGAUGUAGACCUUACAAGAAAGUACAGCAUUAAAGUUAGAGUGAAGUUGUCUGAGGGCUGCGGUGGUGGUGUCCACUGGAGUGAAUGGAGCCCGGUUUAUGAGGUUGGACCGUCUGAGAACAAGUACAGUGUGAAUCCAUGGGUAAUAACAGUUAUAGUGUUGAUCCUUCCAAUGUUCCUUCUGGCCAUCCUGUUGCUGUGCAAGUUUCAAAGGCUCCCAAAGAAGCUUUUCCCUCCCAUUCCCGGUCCGUCUAUAAAUGUGAAAAACCUUCUUGAGAAAGAACAUGACUUCCAGGAUUUUUCUAGCAGAUACGUGGAACAUGAAACUGAAAUAGUGUAUGCAAAUGAAGAAAGGAACUGUUAGAUCACAGGUUAUAUGUCACAAUAUCAAACAAUCCUAGGAGACAGAUUACUGCACAUAAGAGGAUGAACUUAUUCUUUUGGUGUAUAAAAAACAUGAAUGUCAUGAAUGCACACAUUUAGAAGUUCAAGAUGAAUCUUUUGUGGUUUGUAAAUGUUUGUGUAAAAAUUUAUUUUUCUUCAUUUAUAUUGUCUGCCUCUUUCAACAGCUGCAUUCAUUUCCUAGAAUCCUGUCAGGGCUUCAAAAUGAACUAAGCUUGCAAUAUAUUGACCAUAAAUGUUUUGUGUUUUAAUAUAUUUUGUAGUUGGCUUUCAUGCUAACUUUAAACAUCAUUGUGACCCUGGACCACAAAACCAGUCAUAAGUGGAACUGUUAAUAUUGAGAUUUGUACAUAAAUAAGCUGUCAAUUAAAGGGAUACAUAUGAAAAAUGUUCUUCCAAAAUCGCAUUGAUUACCCUCAGAGGGCCUUUUUAAACCCUUGGAGCCAUGUGGAUUGUUCCGGUGUAGAUGCUGUAAAGGAUGGAUGCACUUUUUGGGCUUUAAAAUCAGAAGUUGCACCCUGUCAAUACUAGAGAUCGACCGAUAUAUAUGUGUUUCCCAAUAUUUAAGCAUUAUCGGAUGUUGGUUUUGUAAUAUCAGAUUGCCGAUACAUGCCAGUAUCUUGUGGCCGUUUUGAGAAGUGCGUGAUCGACGCCAUUUCGUCACAGCAUCUGAGGAGAUGAGCUAACAACCACAGCAGUGUGCACAGCAAAUAUGAUGCUGGAGAGUUCAUUAAAAGGACUUUGAGUAUACUUAGUUUGCUUUAGUUAAUCAAUUCAUUUAACAUAACAGCCAUUCAGAGAUAAGAUUUGUUAUAAAGGCCUGAUAUCUGAUAUGCAAUAUAUGCAGAGCCUUUUUUGUGCAUGACUAUCUGGGGUAGCGUUUAGUCGCUGCUGUUUUCAGACUGCAUGAUGGAUUGGGGACAGGGGGUUUCACACUGCAUGACUUUACAAUAUGAAGAAUCACGACAACUUUGUCCCGGUUUGCAAACUACGUCUCCCAACCAAACACACGCGAGAAGUGACGCGAAGGAGACAACACGAGGUCACGCGCCCUGUAUGUUGCUCUCUCAUUGGCUGUAGGUCAUCGGCGAUGUAAUUUUCAGUCAAAACACAUUUCACACGGCAUGAUUUUGAAACGCCGACAGGUUCAGAUAUCUAGCUUGCCAGAUAUCUCACAGGUGUCGGUGACUCGUUCCGCAAUUCUCUCAGAUCACUUCUUUGAUAAUUCACACUGUGUGAUUGUCACUUGCAUCGAUUUGUCUGCAAUUUUUCAAAACCUGUCUGUGUUUCUAGAUUGACAGAAGCACUGGGCAUCCAAUUAUAUUGCUUAUGCAUAGAAAAAGUCAGAUUUUCAUGCUAUGACCCCUUUAAUAUAUGGUUUGUUAGGAUAGGACAAUAUGUGGCCGAGAUACAACUAUUUGAAAAUCCGGAGUCUGAGAGUGCAAAAAAUCUAAAUAAUGGGGAAAUCGCCUUCCAAGUUAAAAUGUAGUCGUUAGCAACACAUUAUUAAUGACAAAAUAAUAUUAAAUAAUGUAAAUAAUAACAAAACAUAUUCAUGGAACAUGAUCUUUACUUAAUAUUCUAAUGAUUUUUAGCACAAAAAAAUCUGUGCGACUUAUGACUGGUUUUGUCAGAGGGUCACUAUUAAUUAUUUUAGUGACGUACGCUUUGAUGUUAUCUCAGACAGUAUUGUGAUUAUUUAUAGAGUUACAGAGAAGUCACAAGUUCAUAUAGUUUUGUUGUAACAGAGACGUUUAAACCUUGAACAGUUAUCGCCAUUGCUGAUUUUUCAUAUUUUUAUAUGAGAAAGUGAAACGGGGCUAUAAUAAUCUGUUUUAAAAGGGUUUGUAAACUUUUCAGCUGCUGCUAUCUUGUAAAAAUAUAUACAUUUUUUUUUUCAGAUAAUAUAACCAUGCAUGACCAGCUUCAUUUUUAAUUCAGUCUUGCCAGCCUCAAACUGCAUCAUGGGCUUAACCAAAAGUCUUGUGGCAUAAACUUGUUUGAAACUUUUACUGUAGUAGUACUACGUAAUGCCAAUAGCCACGAAUAACAUGCUUCACCUUUUAUAACGUUUUUGGGACUUUCCAAAGCAAUGAUCUCAUUUUUUUGCAGUUCCGUCCUCUGUGGUUUGUGAUGGAACAUUUGAAACGCACUUUUGCCCUUUUAAGGAAGGUACUGGUGUAAAGUAAAUGCACUCUCAGAAUAGUACAAGAGGUACAAAAGUUGUCACUGAGUUGGUACCUUUUAAAAAAAUACACUUUUGUACCUAAAAGGUGAAUAUUGGUAACUUUGAUGUAAAUACUGGUUCCUUAAAGUUACAUAUCUGUACCCAAAUGGUACAUAUUAGGAACUUUUGAAAAAUUGACAACUUUUUUUACCUUUUUUCUGAUUGUGUGAAAGGGAUCCAUUAAAAUGUUUCAGAAAAAUGGUGGAGUGCUCAAUGUGCACGAGAGAGACACUGUUUUUAAGAUUUUUGAGAGUUGUAUGCUGUAUAUGUUAUUUUAAUAUGAUAAUUCAUUACUAUAAAUAUAACUUUGAAUAAAACUGGUUUUAAGUGUU